UUCACCAGGUAGAUACUUAGCAAUACCCCCCUUUUUAAAUAGGAACUCGCUGCGUCCUUUUUCCCUAUCAUCAGUCAGAUAAUCUCUUUCAAGAACAACCUCGUAUUUUCCCAGAGACAUACAACAGUCUUAAAUAUCGAAGCGAAUAGUUCGCACUGAUUUUUUGUGUGAAAAUGAGCACAGUUGUGGAUGCGGUGAGCCAACUUCUCCACUUCCCUGAAUCAAUUGAGAGGCUUGUUUUUCCGUCAAGGCCAAAUGAGAGCAGUGAAGACAGAAGUAGCAUUCCAGUGGACAUUCUUGAUACCCAAAAAGACUACAUUUUCUAUAUGGAUGUUCCUGGUUUAUCCAAGUCUGACAUUCAGGUGACGGUGGAAGAUGAGAACACGCUGGUGAUACGAAGCAACGGGAAGAGGAAGCGCGAGGAGAGCGAAGAAGAAGGAUGCAAGUACGUGAGGAUGGAGAGGAGGCCACCUCUCAAACUCAUGAGGAAAUUCAGGCUGCCUGAUGACUGCAAUGUUUCUGCAAUUACUGCUAAAUGUGAAAAUGGGGUUUUGACUGUCACAGUUGAGAAGCUGCCUCCACCCCCUAAGUCUAAGACUGUUGAGGUUGCAAUUUCAUGAAUUAAGUUAUCAUCAAUGCACAUUUGUGUGUCUUAAUUCAUCUGCAUCAGAUGUAUCUCUGUAGUUCUUGUGGAUGGAGACCUUUUAAUGGAGUUGCAUUUUGUUCAACUAGGCUUGGGUGCCUUGUCUCAAAAUUCUGAUGUAAAGUUCAUUCUGAACUGUCGUCCUGCUAUUCUAGAAAAUGAAAGUGAUUGCCAAGGUUGCAUUGUC